GAGCAAUGCAGAAGAGUUCGACUUUGCGUCCCUCGUUUUGGAGAGCCCGCGCUUCACUUUCUUCCAUGCGCAGGAAUUCUUUCUGUCCCGUGAGGCCGCCUGCACGAGACCUGUGGAUGAUAUCGAGCCACAACUCGUGCCUGUGAACACCAACGCGAAAAGAGCGCAGCUCCAACAGCGCUUCGUGGUGAAGCAUAUCACGGAGUCGCUUGCCACCCUUGUCAAACUGGAUGCUUCAAAAGCCAGGGACAUCAAAAAGACGUUCUUCUCCAAGAUGGGUCCACAAGAGCGAGUGCCUCCCGUAGAGCUCCAUCUGUUUUCGGAGGACCCGCAGCAGGUCAACUCCACAUGGAAGGCUCUGCUGAUCCCGCGGGCACGAAAGAUUUUCGGACAGACCUUUUACCUGUGCCGGGGGGAAGGCACUGCCCAGUUGUUGGCCGAACCCCGUUGUGUGGCGAAGCUGUCUUUUGAGCCCCUGCCUCUGCGCCUCAUGCAUGUCAUGGGCAUGUGGAGCCCCAGUACGGACCGACUUCGCUCCAUUCCGCAUAAGCUCGUAGCGUUCAUGGAAGCGCUUCUGCUGGCCUCGGCCGCCUUCGUCGCCUUUCAGGUUGUGGACUCACUGUGCAGGCUGCUCACGCUUGCCUGGGAGCAGUACCACUUGCCGCCGGAAGAUGAGCACUGCCAGAAGCUUCGUGAGCAUCAGCUUCCGAAGGCUUUCGUGCUGACCCAGCACUCCUAUGUGUACAAGCUGGCAGGUGAACGCGAACUACUACAAGCGGAGCCUUUGGAUGCUUGCCGAAAAGUCCGAGUGAUGGAGAUGGCGGAGGCAAGUCGCGAAUGGCGUGGCCUGGCCGAUGAGCUGGUGCAUAGAGUUAUCCAUCGGACAGAGACCUCGCUGUGGGGCCGCUUGCAGUCGCCAGACGGCUGGAUUGUCCUGUCCAACAGCGCCCAGGAUGUUCGCGUUCUGGACGACGAGGAGGACCUGCCCGCGCCCUUUUGUGCAAACACGGCGCUGCUGGUGCCGUUCACAUCCCUUCUGAGGCGACAACUGAUCCUUGCUACCGGCCAUGCUUCAGCGCAGUGGUUCUUGCUUGACCGCUUUUCCCAGAUGUUUGCCAUCGCCAACAUCAUGGCCAUCUCGAUCAGUCUCUUCGUGAUCCAUGUGGUGGUGUUGUGGCAGACGGAGAUCCUGAAUGCGUGUGCGCUCCGCUAUGAGCAGGUGCUGAAGUCGCAAAACAAGCUCUUGCCGCUUAGACAGCGUAAAGAAGUGUUGCCCCUGCUGGCCGUGGCCUCGCUAGUUCUCUUGCUUGCAUUGACGUCUGGCAUCUUGAGCUCCACGACAAAGCAGCAUAAAAGUGCUGCCAACGCCACACUUCCUUGCACUACUUUGUUCGCGACGGUAGCACUGCACCUGCUUGACCUCUACUCCUCCGUCUCAGGUCUCCAGGCAUGGAGAGCACCCCAGCUCAGCGCGACGGAGUUUACCCGGGUGUCUUCUGAGGGCUUGGAGACCACGGACACCAAUGCCGAAGUGCCCGCAUUAUCCCGUGCCCGCAGAUUUCGCAAGCAGCUCGUGCGCCUGUUGACCAGCCUAGUGGCUGUCGGUGCCCUGAACAUCCUCAUGUUGAUCGUGCUGGAUGGUCUGCAGAUGCGAGGCGAGCUCGUGGACUAUUCUUUCAACCGUGGCUACACGGCCAUCCCGCCACAUUCGCAGGCAUUGCACAACACGCUGCUGCUGCACAAGGAUGUCGAUGCGGUGUCCUUUGCCUAUGAAACGGGUCCCUUCACUUCGCAGGUCAAAUUGCGCCUGGAGCACCCCCUGUUGGACAUCAAAGAAGCGACCGUCUUCGAUUCUGAGGCUGCCGACUCAACGGAGAGAAAGGGUGGUGAGUACACCGUUUCCAUGCCUGCUGGCCCCCUCUACAGCCGCUUGGUCGUAGAGGCGUCGAGCCACCUCCAUCAUCAGCCGACAAAGUAUGUCGUUCACCUUCUUCGCAUCGGAGAAGCCGUGUCGCUGUCCAUCGAUGGCCCCAUGAAUCCAGCUCACUUCGCAGGGGCCAAGAUCGCAUCUGUGACCUUCAACGAGACCCGGAGGUGGCAGUACCAACUGAACAACCCUGUUUGGUACGUGCCGGACCUAGACGUCACAGCCAACAGUUCCUUUCAGCUGUCAUACCUCCCCAUCAUUUUCGCACCGCUGAUUGGGCACCACGAACGUGAGGCGGGCGACUUCGUUGGCUUGAGCACUUUCUCUCGGGUCUGCCGAUGUGGAAGGGAAGAGCCUGGCUUUGGAAAUGCCUGUGCCAUGGAAGAAGUCAUCACCCUGCCCGGUGGCGACGAGCUUUGCGUCUUCCAGCGCGGUGUAAAGCAACAGCUCGUGGUGGAGGAGAGCGACGGUAGCAUGUCCAGCAAUGCCGUGCGCCUAGUACAGUGGCUGGUAGACGUGGAUCUGAGCGGCAAGUAUGCCGGCCUCCGGCUUGCAGACACUGACAAGCAGCUGGGCUUUGUCAUGUCGCUCAAGAAGACGACGGCUCGCUCCGAAGACCAGGCCAGCACCACAGUCCGUCCGCAACUCGCAAGUGUAUUUCGGGCCUCAGUCUCAACCGAGCUGUUGCUCGCACAAGCCACGCAGGUAGUCUUCGCCCCCACACAGGACAUGACAGAUGCAGAGGCGUUGAGCGCGCCGCUCAAAAUAGUCUCGCACACUCCCCCGAUCCACUUGAGUAUGGAGAGUGCGAACGGUUCUCGUGGCUUCUUCCUGCCGGAGCCCAACGCAGCCGACGAUCGUACCGACUUCGCGGUUUGCCUCGUUGGAGACCUUGCCGGGGUGAAGGGACGUGUCGCUAACAACGACUCACGCUUCGAAGUCGCGGUCAUGGAAGUGAGCAAAGGCCACAGCUGCGACGAGCAAGCAACUGUGAAGCGGAAACAGUUCAAGACGGUUCGCAAGCAUGACCCAUCUUGCGAUCCAUACUGCCCCUUCUACCGACCUUGGGCAGAUACCUACGACAUCUCUGCUACACUGUCGGCUCCUUAUUGCUUCGACCAGGCGAUCAAUGUCGAUGACAUCAGCGCGUUUCGCAACAUCUCGAGCUGGGUUGAGGAGCCCGGAAGAAGGCACAUUUUUGAGGCCUGCGGUACGCUGCAACGGGCCUUGGAGGUCAAAAGGACGUCUUUGGCUUCAGAGAUGUUGAGCUCGUUGGGCGCAAACCCUGACGGAGGUGUGGACGUCUCCGAGACACCUCUGCAGGCCUUGGCUGCUCGUGGAGACAUCGAGUCCAUGCGGUUCCUCCUGCGGCACAAUGCCAGCGUCAAUCACAGCAGCUCCGACGGCAGCACGCCCUUGUUCGCGGCUGCGCAGAACUGCCAUGUUCGGGCCGUCCAGCUUCUCUUGAACGAGAAAGCAGAUCCCAACCACCUCAUGGCUCCCUUUAAAGGGUCGCGGUGCCAUGUCACGCCGUUGCUGUCGCUUUUCAGCAAGGGCACCAGGUCGAAGGAUUGCGGUGGUGACAGGCUUAACGUCGUUGUGCGAGCGCUUGUCGAGGGUGGCGCGAAGCUGUCUGUGGCCCAGAAGACUUGCGGCAGAUGCCAAAUGCAAACGGUUUUGAUCGCGGCCUUGGAGAAUGAUGAUGUGCCUGCAGUGAGGGAGCUCUUUCGGCUGGGGGCCAAAGACAUCGCCAACGCGGCUGGCUGCAUGAACGGCCACCCAAUGACACCCUUUGCCUCGAUUUUCGCACUCUUUGACUCUCAGCCGGCUUUGUUCAAAGAGCUCGCCGGGUUGUUGAAAGAUAACCAUGCCGAUGUGGAUGCGAGCGUGCGGAUCCCCGUCGCCUUCCUCGGGCUGCACACCCCUUUGAUGGAGGCCGCUGACAAGUGCCGCGCAGACCUCAUCGCUGUGCUCGUCGCCUUGAACGCCGACCCUGCCAAGUUGGAUGACGAGAGCCGCACGGCCGAAGGCCAUGCCGAGUCUAGCAAUUGUUCGAACUUGCAAGAGAUUCGGAAGUUGCUCCGCAACUCCAGCCGAGGCGGUUAG